GCCAAGUAGGUACCUAUCGACGAGGAAAAAGACUUGGGGAUGGGCGUGACGGGGCAAGCCGGAGGCGGGCCAGCAAACCAAUGAUUUGGCCGGGGAAUUCUCGGACGCCAAGCCAGGUGCCCUUGCCUUUCAAUCAAGCGCAGUAAAGCGCGACUUCAGAAAUUCAAGAACCGAAGAAACCUCGUUUAAAGAAGUUCGCGGGGAAUCAAGGGGAAGGUGGGCACAUCCAUGAACGGUUAGCAUCAUGGAGUUCCGCCAAGUCGUCCACUCCGUCUGCCGCUCGGCAGCGGGAGCAUCGAGGCCGUCUCUCGCCAGCCCACGGCUGCCCCAGGGCAUUCUUGUCCAGCACCGCCAGUUCACCGCAAAUAACAAGCAGCGGCUAGAAGCGCUGGCAAUGGCCCCGCCACAGUCGCAAGACCCGCUGCCUAUACGACACACGCCGAGCAGCGCCUCGCGCCAUCGUUCCCUCCCUCCACGACCGGCCCCGAUCCGCAAGAGCAAUUUCUACAUGGACCCAGUGACCGCAAAGAAGGCACGAUCGCCCUGGGCGACCCAGGCGGCAGCCAACCAAACCCAAACCGACAACGCGCAGACGCAACCUCAAAGCCAAGCCACCACGCUCACAGGCACAGCGCCAUCCUCGACGCUGAGCAUCGAAGACGUGUUCAGCAUUCCCGGGCAGAUCCAAGCCGACAUGGAAGCCGCCACCGCAGGCACCGCCGGCAACAGCCUGACCAACUGGGACGAAGACAUCUUCCUCAAGAAUCACCACUACACGACCGAGCCCGAGCUGCGGCUGCGGCCGUCGACGGGCCGCACCAUCAACAUCAACAAGGGCAGCGUGGACCUGGCGCGCGGCUUCCGGCUGCUGCAGAAGGCGGUCAACCAGAACGGCAUCAAGCGGGACCUGAUCAUGCAGCGGGCGCACGAGCGCCCCGCGCUGAAGCGCAAGCGGCAGAAGCGGGAGCGGUGGCAGCAGCGGUUCCAGUCCUCGUUCCGCGCCACCAUGAACAGGGUGUUUGAGUUGAAGGCGCAGGGGUGGUAGAUUGUUGGCUGGGGGCAUAGUCUAGUCCUGUGAAUAUAGAGCGGUUUGCGGGAUAGAGGUGGGACGGGUGGACACGGCAGACGUGUAAAAUAUCAUGCGCGGUCCUGGGAUAUGGUUCGCAUGGUAAUUGUAUCUAUAC